AUGAAGAAACCUGCAGGUGUUUUCAUUGCAUUAUAUUUAUUAUUCACAAUUUCAGGAAUAACCUGUGAUCACUAUGAUUCAUGUAAUAGCAUAAAUGAUAUAUGUUCAAAUGACUAUGACUGUUGUUAUCCGAAAUGUAGUUUCUCAUUGUUGUCUUUUGGUCGGUAUUGUAAUGAUAAUACUAACUUAUACGACUCAAUAACAUCCUACUUCAGAACUAAAGUUGAACAAACAGGAAUAUGUUCGUAUAACUACGUUCCGGAAAAUAAGGCAUUUAAUGAAGGACUGUACUUAGUAUACGGUUUAAAUGCGGGCCAUGCCGUAUUACCACCAGGCACAAAAGUUGAAGUGAAGUUGAACGAUAAAAAGUUAGUCGUCACAAUAAAUAAUCAGCCUUCAAAAAAUAACGACGUAAUUCUGGAGUUUUCCAAAGAAACAGCUAAAGCAUUGAAUGUUACAAACGGUGGAAAAGUACCUUGCACAAUAGUUGUUGUACCACAAUUGGAGAAUAAUCCAUAUUACAAAUAUCUUAAAUAUGUUAUACCUUAUAUUACUUUAUUUACUUUCUUAUUCAGGCUACUAUUGUAA